AUGCAAAACAAAAUAAAUGAAAAUGAUUCGAAAGUCAGUUUUUGGAAAAAAAAUACAAAAACUGUCCCCGGAAGACCAAGUCCUAAGAAGGAAUACCAAAAUAAACCUGCCACAACUUCCUCUUUUCAAGAAUUUGAAAAUAGUGUUUCUGAUGCUUGGACUAUUGGAGAUAAUGAUGAUGAUAAUGAUCUUUUAGCAAUAGCAGAUGUAACAUUAUCGAAAAAAGCAGCACAAUCAGCUGCUAUUAGUGUAAUACAGAACCAUCAUAUUUCUCGCCUGAAUGAUUCACUUGUAGAAAAAAGGAAAACAGAAGCUAUACAAAGAUUAACCUUGCAACAGCCCUCAGGUUCAGAAAAUUCAACAAAUCAAAAGCCUAAUCAAAAAUCUAUCGAGGACUUGAAUACAUCGCUCAAGGAAACAGAAGAAAGUGAAUUAAUAAAGACGGGAAAAUUUAUGCCUUUGAUAAAUGCACCAGUUUUGAAUUUAGAUAAACUUAGAAGUUUAAGUUGGAGUGGGAUACCACCCCGAUUAAGGUCGAUGACAUGGAAAUUAUUAGCUGGAUAUUUACCAGCAAGUUUGGAACGUCGACAAGCUGUAUUAGAACGAAAACGAAAGGACUAUUGGGGUUUUGUUUACCAAUACUAUCACACAGAUUGUAAUGAAACAAAUCAAGAUAUCUAUCAUCAAAUUCAUAUUGAUAUUCCAAGAAUGUCCCCUGAAAUAAAUUUAUUUCAACAAGAAUCUGUUCAACAAAUAUUUGAAAGAAUUCUUUUUAUUUGGGCUAUUCGACAUCCAGCAUCUAGUUACGUUCAAGGAAUUAAUGAUUUAGUGACUCCAUUUUUCAUCGUUUUUUUACAAGAAAUACUUCCGGAAAAUGAAAAUUUGAACACAAUUAUUUUUAAUAACUUGCCAAAAGAAUCUAGGGAUGCAGUUGAAGCAGAUGCUUUUUGGUGUUUAUCCAAAUUUUUAGAUGGAAUACAAGACAAUUAUAUUUUUGCUCAGUUAGGAAUACAGCAAAAAGUAAAUCAAUUAAAAGAAUUAAUUCAAAGAAUAGAUUUGGAAUUACACAAACAUUUGCAAAAUCACGGAGUAGAUUAUUUACAAUUUUCUUUUCGUUGGAUUAAUAAUCUCUUAACGAGGGAAUUACCAUUAAGGUGCACUAUAAGGUUGUGGGAUACAUAUUUAGCUGAAGCUGAUGGGCUUGCAGCUUUUCAGUUAUAUGUAUGUGCAGCUUUCUUAAUUCAAUGGAGAAAAGAAAUUCUAAUACAAAAAGAUUUUCAAAGCUUGAUGCUCUUAUUACAAAAAGUGCCAACAGAAAAGUGGACCGAAUGUGAAAUAGGUGUCCUCGUAGCAGAAGCAUAUCGUUUAAAGUUUACUUACGCCGAUGCCCCUAAUCAUUUACAAUAA